ACGCAAAUUCACACGCACAGCACUAGUUCUGAAGACUGAGUUCAGAGUGUUUCACCUUCAACCACUCAAACAAAAUGCAAAUCCUUCAAACAAGCUUCCCUCUUUCAACACCAAAACCAUCUCCAUUUCUCCAUUCUCUCUCCUCCUCCAAUUCCAUCUCCCCACUUUCUCUCCUCCCAAACCUCUCCGCCCUCUCCCUCACUCACCGCCGCCCUCCAUCGUCUACCCUCAUCCGCAUGGGCGGCGGUCCCAGAACCUUUCCAGGCGGCGUCUCAAAGUGGCAGUGGAAACGGAUGCAAGCCAAGAAAGCCAAGCAACUCCUCAAAGCCCGCCUCUCCCGCGAACGCCAGAUCUACGAGAUGCGCAAGCGAGCUGAGCUCAAAGCCGCCGUCUCCGACCUAGAACGCCCAUGGGAGGUCGUCCAAAAAGGUGCUCCGAGAACCGCUUCGUCGCUUUUCUCCGUUUCCGCUGACGAACAGUUGAAGGUAUUGGCUGAUCGGUUCCAGAAGCCCGGAGGGUUUGAUAUGUGGUCUGAUAAUGAUGGACCUCAGAUUUUUGAUAGUCCUCAGGGUUUGCCUUCUGCUAGGUUUUUCCCAAAGGGGGUUGUUCAUAGUAUUAAACCUUAUGGUGAUGUUGAUGAGGGAUUGAGGAGAGAGGAAAUUGGGAAUCGAAAAUCCAGUGAUGCUAAAGGUGGAAUUCGAAAGCUCCGUGGUGGUUCAAAUCCGAAACGAAAAUCGAGUGUUGAAAAGGGUGGAAUUGAGAGUGUUGAUAGAAAGCGAGGUGAUGAUUUGAAUGGUGGUGAUGGAAAUGGUAGGAAUUUGAUGAAUGUGAGGAAAGUUGAGGGUGAUCAUGAAAGAAGGAAGACGAAUUCGAAUUCGAAUUCAAACGUUGAGAGGAGUGAUAAAAUGAAGGGGUAUGGAAGACGGCAGCCGAUUUCAGGAAGAACAAGACCUUCAAAAGGUGAAGUAGAUGUGUAUGAUAUGAGCUUGCAAGGUGAUGGCAGAUAUGGUUUUAGUGGAAGUCAGAAUGAUGAUGAUUUGAGGUGAUGAUACUCUUUGUUAAAACUUGUAUGUGUACAUAAUUAUUGGUUUUUGAUAAACUUAUAGCAAAAUAUGCUCCAAGUGUUUAGGAAACUUGUAUAUUUGUAACAUGCUUUUAUCACAUUGUGCCCUUUAGUUUUACUAUAAUGAAUCUAGCAAAGUUAUACAAACAA